AUGACCGCAGCACGCCGGAAGUUUACUCAUUUCCAAGGCGACGGCUCCACCAUCGCUGCAACGGCUGGAGUCGGGACGCUGGAAAGCGACUUAGAGGAGAGGGUACUCGCCGACGGCGGCCGCCGCCACAGUGAAUCGCGGGGAGUAGCAACCGAAGACGGCGGCCGCCGCACCAGCCAUCGCGUGUGGAGGAUAAACGGCCUGCACGGCCAUCGCGGCGACCAAUCCAGGGAAAGAGUUAGCGAAGGCCAGGGCUUUAGUCGUAGCGAAGACAGGGAAGGAAUCCGUGAAGGCAGCGACCACCGCUGCAGGGUACCGACGGGAAGAGCAAGUGAAGACGUCCGCUUCUCCCGCAAUGACUCAAGAAGGGUUAGUGAAGACCUGGGCCACCGUCGCAGUGUCUCUCAGGAGAGAGUCAGGGGAGACCGUGGCCACCGUCCCAGCAACUCUUGGGAGAGAGUAAGGGGAGACCGCAGCAGCGACGUGAGUUUAAGUGAAGUCGGAAGCCACCCCACUAGUGACUCCGGGGGAACGGUCAGAGAAGACCGCGGCCUCCAUCUCAGUGGGACUUGGGAGGGAGUCAGGGAGCUCCGGGGUCCCCGAACCAGCGACUCUGGGGAGAGAGGCAGUGACGACCACAGCCGCCGCCUCAGUGGCUCUUGGGAGGGCGGAAGUGUGGAUGGCGGCCGCAGCCUCAGCAGUUCCUGGGAGGAGGGGGUGAGUGAAGACCGCGGCUACGUGGCCAGCGACUCCUCCGUCGUCAGCGUCAGCGAAGACGCCAGCCGCCGCCGCUUCUGGGAGAGAGAAAGCGAAGACGAAGGUUCCCGCUGCCGGGGCUCCUGGGAGAGAACGACGGAGGACGGCGUCCCCGGGCCUAGCGACGACGAGGAAGACAGCCGCUGCUGCACUGGCUCGUGGGUGACAGCGAGCGAAGACCGCCGCAGCAGCAGGGGCCUGGACUCGACUCCUCCCCGGAGUCCGAGGGGUCGCACCAUGCCCGGGGUGUCCGGUUCAGGCCCCUUCACCUUCUGCACGGAGACUGCGACCCCGUUGGGUGCCAGGAAGAAAGUGCAUUUUGGUAGCAUACAUGAUGCAGUACGCGCUGGAGAUGUAAAGCAGCUUUCAAAAAUAGUAGAACGUGGUACGAGCAUUAAUGAAGUUGACGUUCUCCAUAAACUUACCCCUUUACAUUGGGCAGCACAUUCUGGCAGUUUGGAGUGUCUUCAUUGGCUCCUCUGGCAUGGAGCUGAUCUCUCACGAGCAACCAUGAGAGGUUGGACAGCAGCUCACAUAGCUGCCAUCAGGGGACAGGAUGCUUGCAUGCAGACUCUUAUAAUUAAUGGAGCUAAUCUGGCAGCUCAAGAUGAUCGUGGAUGCACUCCUUUACACCUUGCGACAACACACGGACAUUCUUUCACUUUACAAAUAAUGCUCCGAAGUGGAGUGGAUCCCAGCGUGACUGAUAAGAGAGAGUGGAAACCUGUGCAUUAUGCAGCUUUUCAUGGGCGGCUUGGCUGUCUGCAACUUCUCAUUAAAUGGGGAUGUAGCAUAGAAGAUGUGGACUACAAUGGAAAUCUUCCAGUUCACUUAGCAGCCAUGGAAGGCCACCUUCACUGUUUUAAAUUCCUACUCAGUAGAAUGAGCAGUGCCUCCCAAGCUUUGAAAGCCUUCAAUGAUAAUGGAGAAAAUGUAUUGGACCUAGCCCAGAGGUUCUUUAAGCAGAACAUUUUACAGUUUAUCCAGGGGGCUGAGUAUGAAGGAAAUGAUCCAAAAGAUCAAGAAACUUUAGCAUUUCCAGGUCAUGUGGCUGCCUUUAAGGGUGAUUUGGCAAUGCUUAAGAAAUUAAUAGAAGAUGGAGUAAUCAAUAUUAAUGAACGUGAUAAUAAUGGAUCAACUCUUAUGCAUAAAGCUGCUGGGCAAGGCCACAUAGAGUGUUUGCAGUGGCUAAUUAAAAUGGGAGCAGACAGUAAUAUUACCAACAAAGCAAGGGAGAAACCCAGUGAUGUGGCUAAGAGGUUUGCCCAUUUAGCAGCAGUAAAGCUAUUGGAAGGACUACAGAAAUAUGAUACAGAUGAUGAGAGUGAAAUUGAUGAAAAUGAUAUUAAGUUUUUCAUAAGACAUGGUGUUGAGGGAAGCACUGAUGCCAAAGAUGAUAUAGGUCUCAGUGAGUCGGAUAAAACAGAUGCCAGAGUGAGAGCUUAUAAGAAAAUUGUAGAAUUGAGACACCUCCUGGGAAUUGCAGAGAGCAACUAUAAACACUUGGGAGGCAUAACAGAAGAAGAUCUAAAGCAGAAGAAAGAACAGCUUGAGUCUGAAAAGACUAUCAAAGAGCUGCAGGGCCACCUAGAGUAUGAACGACUACGCAGAGAAAAAUUAGAAUGUCAGCUGGAUGAGUAUCGAGCAGAGGUAGAUCAACUCAGGGAGAUGCUGGAAAAAACUCAGGUUCCCAACUUUGCGGCUGUGGAAGAUGACCCUUCUUGUGAGUCAAGCAAAGAGAAGAGGCGAGUGAAGAAAAAGGUGUCUUCUGGGGGAGUUUUUGUGAAAAGGUACUAAUCAGUGAAAUAACUUUAAAUAAACCUGCUUGAUUUUUCUUUUCUUUUUAAA